GUAAAGACACUUGUGUACUUGGAUAUUUCUAACAAUAUGAUUCGUGGUCAAAUUCCUGACUGGUUUAGCGGCAUGAGGUGGGACAACUUGUGGUACCUAAAUAUUUCACAUAAUCUUUUGACAGGAUACCUACCACAAUUGCAUUUCCAUAAUCUAGGGUAUCUUGAUUUGAAAUUUAACUCCCUUCUGGGUCCACUACCCUAAUCCAUUUGUAACAUGAGUUCGCUUAUCUUAUUAGAUUUAUCACGUAACAACUUCAGUAACUACAGUUUCGUAUGAGGAUUCAUUGAGUUUGGUAAUCAAAGGGCAGGAUAUUGAGCUACAAAGAAUCAACACAAUUAUGACAACCAUAGAUCUCUCAAGCAACCAUUUUGAAGGUGUCAUUCCGAAAACACUAAAGGAUCUCAGCUCACUUUGGCUACUCAAUUUAUCCCAUAACAAUCUCAUAGGUCAUAUUCCAAUGGAACUGGGGCAAUUGAAUACGCUUGAAGCUUUAGAUCUCUCCUGGAAUUGGCUCACUGGAAAGAUUCUGCAGGAACUGACAAGAAUGAACUUUCUGGCCUUCUUAAACGUCUCUCAAAAUCAUCUUGUCGGACCAAUUCCUCACGGUCUACAGUUCAACACAUUCGAAAAUUAUUCGUAUGGUGGAAACCUUGAUUUAUGUGGUCUUCCUUUAUCAAAGCAAUGUGGAACGAGUGAUUCAUCACAUGUUCCUCAACCAUUGGAGUCCGCAGAAGAAGGCGAGUCAUAUUUUUUUAGUGGAUUUUCUUGGGAAUUAGUAGUAAUAGGCUACAGUUUUGGACUUGUCGUUGGAACUGUCAUGUGGAGCCUCAUGUUUAAAUAUCGUAAGUCAAAGUGGUUUGUGGAAUUUUUUGAUGGACUCAUGCCUCACAAAAGAAGAAGGCCAAAGAAGAGAGCUCAGAGACGAAGGACUUAAUGGAAGCUUGAGAGGGCUAAAUUGUCUUUGUUUGAUUUUGUGGACUAGUGAACUGUUCUGUUUUUGUCUUUUUUUAAUUUUCUAUUUGUUGUUUGUAUAUGUUAGAAACAUAAUUAUAUGUGUGUUAUUGUAGUAUUCAAUUUAUGUUAGUUUGUUU